AUGGCUGAAAAUGAUGAAAAAGCCAUGUUCUCGGCUAGCGAUGUUGUCCAAGACCACAAUACCUUAACAACGGACCUCCCCCGGGUCGAAGAACUACCGCUACCCAAAGACUUUGCAUGGGGCACAGCUACAGCAGCAUAUCAGGUUGAAGGAGGCGCGUCUCAGGAUGGCAAGGGGCCGUCAAUCUGGGACACUUACUCCCAUCUGGAACCCUCUCGCACCAACGGGGAAAACGCUGAUGUUGCUUGCGACCACUACAACCUCGCGGAAGAAGACGUCAAGUUGAUGGUAUCUCUGGGAGUUGAUGUAUACCGCUUCUCCAUCUCCUGGUCUCGGGUCAUUCCCCUAGGGGGACGUAAUGACACGGUCAAUGAAAAAGGAAUCGCUUUUUACAGCAAUUUGAUUGAUCAACUCCUGGCUCAUGGUAUUGAGCCUGUUGCGACCCUCUACCACUGGGAUGUACCCCAGGCACUCUACGACCGAUAUGGAGCGUUCUUAAAUACCAAGGAGUUCCAGGCAGACUUCAAACAUUACGCACGCCUGUGCUUUACCCGAUUCGGUGACCGUGUUCAGAAAUGGGUGACUUUCAACGAACCAUAUAUAAUCUCCAUCUUCGCCUAUUUGAAUGGAACCCUUGCUCCAGGUCACUGUCGCGAGGCUGGAACGGACACGAAAACAGAGCCGUGGCGCGUUGGGCACACUGUCAUUCUCUCACAUGCGGUUAUAGUCCAGAUGUAUAUGGAUGAAUUUCAUCCUUUGCAGAAAGGACAGAUGUCUAUUGUACUCAAUGGACACUUCUAUGAGCCGUAUGAUGACCAGAGCGCACUCGAUCGAAUUGCUGCGGAACACCGGCUCAUCUUUUAUAUUGGUUGGUUUGGAGACACUGUGUUCCUUGGACAAGAUUACCCACCGGUGAUGCGAGCCUAUCUUGGCUCUCGAUUGCCUGAAUUCACACCAGAAGAACGCCAACUUCUCGCACACACGGCCCCGAUGAAUUCAUUCUACGGAAUGAACCAUUAUUCCACCAAGUAUGCCCGUGCCUUGUCUGAUCCCCCAGCCGAGGACGACUGGUCUGGUAAUAUCGAAGAACUGCCCACCAACAGCCGUGGAGAAGAGGUCGGGCCUGUCACAGGCGUAGCCUGGCUUCGGGUGGCACCAGAUGGGUUCCGGAAGCUACUAAACUGGGUUUGGAACCGUUAUCAUCUACCCAUCAUUGUUACUGAAAAUGGAUGCCCGUGCCCAGGAGAGGCCGUGGUGUCGACAGCCGUCAAAGAUGUGCUUCGGCAACAGUAUAUUGGAUUGUACUUGGAUGCCAUCUCACGCGCCAUUUAUGAAGAUGGAGUUCCGGUACACGGAUAUUAUGUAUGGAGCUUGAUGGACAACUAUGGUAAGCUUUCCUUCGAACAAUGGAAUUCUCAGGCUAAUAUUCCUCAGAGUGGUCUGCUGGCUACGGAACUCGAUUCGGCAUUGUUCACGUUGAUUUCAACACUUUGGAACGGACGGUGA